AUGUACAGAAUAGAUGUUUCAGAUUUUUAUGACUUCCAAGCAUUCAGAAAUAUGUGUCCAUUUCGAGACUAUAACAAAGCAGUCGAGAAUUUGAAACGUUUAGUCAUUUAUGUCGACUCUGCCCCAGAAUGUUAUGUUAUGAAAGAAUGGGAUGUAGUCUUUAACAAACCUAAAGCGACAAUAGUUUCAGAACAAGAAUGUAGACAGAAACUUAAGAAAAUAAAAGUCGUACAAGUUGGCAUGAAGAUGUUAGAUGCUUGGGAUAUCUUAUUGUCAAAACUUGAAGAUUUUUCAGUUCGUGGUAUAAAAUUUUAUACACCUUCUCCAAACUUCUAUUCUAUAUCUUCACUGGAUAUAAAUACGAACAAGUAG